UAAGAGGAAAAAAACCAGACCAAAACAUUGUGACGUCAUCAUACUGCGCCGGGGACCGUACGAUUAGCAGGUAGAACGAUCGGCGGCACCUACUUUUAUAAGGUGCCUAAAGUACAUGGAUCCCUGGAAUUGGUGGUAAGGUUGCCUUUUAGGCUACCAAAAGAUGGCUUUCCUAGAUAACCCCAUGAUUAUCCUGGCACAUAUUCGUCAAUCACAUGUGACAAGCGAUGACACGGGCAUGUGUGAGAUGGUACUCAUUGACCAUGAUGUGGACUUGGAGAAAUUCUAUCCUUCAUCUGUUCCAGGAGAGAACACACCAAAUUCACAGGGCUCUGGUGGGGAGACUCAGAGCUAUGUUUAUUCGCAGUCUGUAGACAUCACGUCAAGUUGGGAUUUUGGAAUCAGAAGGCGAUCAAACACAGCUCAGAAACUGGAGCGUCUGAGAAAAGAACGUCAGAACCAGAUCAAGUGUAAAAAUGUGCAGUGGAAGGAUCGGAACACAAGUCACUCAGCCGAGGAAUUGAGUACAUUUUUUGAGAAGAAAAACUUCAGAGAGAAGGCAGCGAACCACGGCAAGCAGUCUAUUUUGUCAGUGCGCUUGGAGCAAUGCCCUCUGCAGCUGAACAACCCCUUCAAUGAGUACUCCAAAUUUGAUGGCAAGGGUCACGUGGGAACCACGGCAACCAAGAAGAUUGACGUUUACCUUUCCAUGCAGACAAGCCAGGAUAAACUAUUACCCAUGACUGUCGUAACCAUCGCCAACGCCAAAGUUCACGACCUGAUUGGACUCAUAUGUUGGCAGUACACAACAGAGGGACGGGAACCCAAGCUAAGUGAUAAUGUGGAUUCAUUCUGUCUGCACAUUGCUGAGGAUGAUGGAGAAGUGGACACAGAUUUUCCACCCUUGGAUUCCAAUGAACCCAUUCACAAGUUUGGUUUUAGCACCCUGGCUCUUGUGGAAAAGUAUUCAUCCCCCGGGCUGGCAGCUAAGCAGUCUCUCUUCGUCAGGAUCAAUGCUGCUCACGGCUUCUCCCUCAUCCAGGUGGAUAGUAUGAAUGUGGCCAUGCGUGAGAUCCUGGAGAAAGCACUGAGGCGUAGGAAGGGGUCUCAGAGGAACUCAGGUCCCCAGUAUCGACUUGAGAAGCAGAGUCAGCCUAACGUCCCUGUGGAUCUGGACAGCACCCUGGAAAGUCAGAGCUCUCUGGAGUUUUGCCUGGUGCGCGAGAACAGUUCUAGAGGUGAGGAACCACCAGAAGAAGAUACUCAAAUAGACAUUGCAACAGUACAGGAUAUGCUUAGCAGUCACCACUACAAGUCAUUCAAAGUGAGCAUGAUCCACCGGUUGAGGUUCACCACAGACGUCCAACUUGGGAUCUCUGGAGAGAAAGUGGAGAUUGAUCCGGUGACCAAUCAGAAGGCCAGCACCAAGUUUUGGAUCAAGCAAAAGCCAAUUUCAAUAGACUCGGAUCUGCUGUGCGCAUGUGACCUCGCAGAAGAGAAAAGUCCCAGUCAUGCGAUGUUUAAACUGACUUACCUGAGUAACCACGAUUACAAACACCUUUACUUUGAGUCGGAUGCAGCCACAGUUAAUGAGAUUGUGCUGAAGGUUAAUUACAUCCUGGAGUCACGGGCCAGCACAGCAAAGGCAGAUUAUUUUGCCCAGAAGCAGAGGAAACUCACCAGGAGAACAAGUUUCAGCUUUCAAAAAGAGAAGAAACCCAGCUAGGACCAGGACACCAAACUCGACUUGAGAGUUGGCAAGGAGCGAGUAUAGCGCUCUCUUUCAUGGACAUACUAGACAAAAGCUGAAAGCUGGCUCUGGAGGUUGUAUACGCAGUCACAGCCUCAGAUAGAAAGUGCAGGUAUCUGUUAGUGACUGGGCUGGAGCCACCUAUGUGGUGUGUAUCAUGAGGGUUCCUCAGGAACAGGAUGUAGGUAGCUUGUUGCUUGAAGGUUCCACUGAAAUGAAUUCAGACAUGCUUGAUGAUUCACGGCACGACAUUCCUCUAUCUGGAAACACAUUUGUGUCUUUUUGGAAUGUGACUUUAAUAAAGACAUGGGGCGUUUGUCCAUC